UCCAAGCACAAGUUUCGAUCGUCACACAGCCCACCAUGGCGCAUCUCAAUGUCAAGCCCGACCCGGGCUUCAUGAAGCUGGCUGGUUCGUAGACAUCCCCGAUUCGAAAACCGCGAAAUAAAACGAAGCGCAGAGAGCUAACACACAGGCACCGACAGCUAUGCAGAGAACUCGUCACCAGUACUUCCGAUGGACCCCCCGAACCGCUAGAAUUACCUUUAUGUACGUCUGUGUUGUGCCCGCCAUUAUGGGCUACAUCGCCUACAAGACCGACGGUCGCUAUAACUUCCUCGGAAAGCGCAAGGGCGACAGCAUUCUCGAGAAAUAAAUGUAACGAUGAUGGGAGGAAAGCGUGGGAGCCUUGUACAUAUAAUACUAUACCAAAAGAUUCCAAGUCCAAUUGAAGACUUUGCAGUCCCUUUGUCAACAAAACCGAUACAAUUUUGAAAAGUGAAAUAAAUGAAU